UCUGUUGAUUUCCUAUAAGCCAGAAAAAUUGCUACGUUUCAAGUAAUAUGCCAGUUAAGAUCAGUUCAGGGUGGGCCAGUCUUCUCUCCACAAAGGUGGAGAGCCAGGUGUCAGUGUGCAUGCAUUCAGAUGUAUGCUUCUUGCCUCGUCUCUUGUGCCCUUUUGAGUCAGAGUUCCCAGAGUAUGUCAUAUAGUAUCCUUCCAAGACUGCUUGCUGUGUGUUGGGCCAUUCAGUACAGAGUGCAGACAGACUAAGCAGGAUGCAGGUUAUAGAAUGUUCCUAAACGAGGGCUGGGCCGGGAAAUGAGUCCUUCUUCUGGAUCAAACUGCAAUCUAUCUUUGUAGGGAACAACAUGCCAACUGCUAAGCAGCUAGCCGACAUCGGCUACAAGACCUUCUCUGUCUCCAUGAUGCUCCUCACUGUAUAUGGGGGCUACCUCUGCAGCGUCCGAGCCUACCACUAUCUGCAGCUGCGCAGCGCCCGGCGCCAGGCUGCAGAAGAACAGAAGACCCCAGGAGACCUGUAGGAUGGAGGGCGUUUUCUCCUGAGCAUGCUGUGGAAAGACCACACCUGCCACCGUUUGCAGAUCAAGGGGACUUGAUGGUUUUCAAACCCUGCUGUAAGGAAGUGCCCAGGGUUCCUAUGGUCCUGCCAGUUUCACUAGUGUGACAGUUUGUGGAGCCUGUCAAACCAUAAUGGGAAUGUGAGGGUGAGGUACGCCUACAGACAUUAAAUAUUUUGCCAUGUGUAUAUCUUGGUGUUUUUGUUUUCUCAAAUAAUAUAUGGA